UAUGCUUUGUCAGAAAAACAACACACCUUACGUAAUUCUUGGCUAGUAUAGCCGAAAAGUUGUUUUCGAAUCUAGUGACCACUAGAGGGCCACGAUGGAUGUAAAAACCCAAGUGGGAAAUCAGCCAAUCAUACGCGGGUCUACUCGGGGACAACUCCACUUGGGGGAGAAACGUCUUGUAAUAGAACCGAACUAUUUCCUCCAGACCUGGCAGACUCCUCAGCUCGACCAGCAGAACGGAACCACAAAGACAAGAAGCCCCUUCUUCCUGCAGCGCGGCGGCUGACGGACGAGACUGCGCGCUGCAGUCGAGCCCUUCUGCAGCACACGCACACAACCCGAUCCAGUCGUCGGAUCCGCGGGGUGACCUGGUCGGACACCUGUCAUGGCAUCCUCUGUGAUCAGCCGUCAUCUUGCGCUGUCCCUCCACAAAAACCUACAUCUCAGUGUUUCAGGAUGCCGAUAUGCAAGCAAAGCGGCCCCAAAGGCCCAGUUGGACUUUGAGUAUGAUGGACCCUCCAUGAAAACCGAAGUUCCUGGGCCAAGAUCUCAUGAACUGACCAAACAACUGGGAGAAAUCCAGAAUGUUGGUGCUAUCAACUUCUUCUGCAAUUAUGAAGAGAGCAGGGGCAAUUACCUGGUGGAUGUGGAUGGCAACCGUAUGCUGGACAUCUACACUCAGAUCUCCUCCAUUCCAAUUGGAUACAACCACCCUGCUCUCCUCAAACUAAUGUCCAACCCCAACAAUCUGAGUACACUGGUGAACAGACCCGCCCUUGGAAUCUUGCCACCUGAGAAUUUUCCAGACAAAAUCAACGAAAGUCUUCUUUCAGUGGCUCCAAGUGGAAUGAGUCGUGUUCAGACUAUGGCCUGUGGCUCAUGCUCCAAUGAAAAUGCUUACAAGGCCAUGUUUAUCUGGUACAGGAAUAAAGAGCGAGGCCACACCUCACCAUCUGCUGAAGACCUCACCUCCUGCAUGAUAAAUCAGGGUCCAGGUUGUCCAGAUUUGAGUAUUUUAUCUUUCAUUGGUGGUUUCCAUGGUAGAACCAUGGGUUGUUUGUCAACGACACACUCCAAAGCAAUACAUAAAUUGGACGUGCCCGCUUUUGAUUGGCCCAUCGCCCCGUUCCCCAAACUGCAAUAUCCACUGGAGGAAUUCAGCAGAGAAAACGCGCAGGAGGAGGCUCGCUGUUUGGAGGAGGUGGAGGACCUGAUUGUCAAGUGGAGACAAAAGGGAAAGCCCGUUGCCGGGAUUGUAAUUGAACCCAUUCAAGCCGAAGGAGGAGACAAUCACGCCACUGCGGAUUUUUUCAGGAGCCUCCGCAAAAUUGCAAGCAAGCAUGGCUGUGCUUUCCACGUGGAUGAGGUCCAAACUGGAGGAGGGUGCACAGGAAAGUUCUGGGCCCAUGAGCAUUGGGGCAUGGACAACCCCGCUGAUAUUGUCUCAUUCAGCAAGAAGCUUAUGACUGGAGGUUUCUUCUACAGAGAUGAAUUUGAAGCUGAUAAGGGCUACCGCAUCUUCAACACAUGGAUGGGUGACCCUUCAAAGAACUUGUUGCUGUCCGAGGUCCUCAGUGUGAUUCGCAGAGAAAACCUCCUGGUGGAGGUGACUCGUUCAGGAAAAGCCUUGAUGACUGGCCUGAAUGAGUUACAGGCUCAGUACCCUGGCAUCCUAAGUCGAGCUCGAGGGCAAGGAACCUUCUGUGCCAUCGAUGUCUGCGAUGAUGCAACACGCAACGACAUCCUCGUGAAGGCCCGGAACAAGGGUAUCUUCCUGGGAGGGUGUGGAGAACGAUCAAUCCGUUUCCGUCCAGCAUUGGUCUUCAAGGAGUACCACGUCCACUUGUUCCUUAAUCUCUUCAACGACGUGUUGGCCCAGCUCAAAUGAAAAACAAAAACAACAUUCCAAGACAGAAUGCAGAAUAGAAAGGGGAGGGGGGGGGGGCACCUCCUUCAUGUCCAUGACGAGAUAAGCACAAAGCAUACUAUUGAAAAAGGCCAAGGUCAGUCGAGUUCACCCAAGCCACAACAAUGUCUCCGUACAUGUGAUGUCAUCAAGCCGUCAAUUAAUUCAGUAUUUCCGAUCAUCGUCAUGGUUCUAUAAAUGCGUGGGAAUGACAGCCAAAAUGAAUUUGGAUAGAUGGAAACUGGCAGAGCAAUGGGUGAAGUGAAAAUGAAAAGUUCUUUACCAGCAGCACUCUUCAUCAACCACUGGAUGCUUCAGUAUUCUAAUGUGAUGGAAUCCAAUAUGAAAAGGCAGGAAGGUAGUUUGUCAAGUCAGCACGGGGUCUGGCGUGCUGCUGAGUGCACUUUGAAAAAGGCCUUUGGAGAUCCUUGUCAUAUUUUGACUAUUCAGUGUUUGUGAUGAGUACAAUGCCACCCUGCAUGUCAAGUGUCCCAUUUAAAAUGUCCUUGUGAUGAUUCUGCCUGUCAUUUUGCUCUUUCUAGGAAUGACUCUGCUUGAAAUGUAGCCCAAACAAACGCCAACCUUAAAUUGACCAUGAAAAUGUCUCUGAAUAUUUAGUGCCUGCAUGAUAUUUGGGUAUUUUUGUUUUUUUCCCAAUAUUACUUUUUAUACUCAUGCAAUAAUUGCGGCCAUUCAUGAAAGCCCUUUCACCUCUGCAAUCUUUUCCAUAAACCUUGAUAGAUAAUAAUCCUCUUUUAUAUUCAUGCUUUGCUUGAAAAUUCUACCGGUACAAAAUGAAAUCAAUUGGACUAAAGUUAAUGAACUUAAGUAGGUCAUUCAUGGAAAACUGGUGAUUUUGACAAAGAUGUAGCACCUAAUGUCUAACAGCUUUACAGCACAUCCAUGGAAGUUUGUGUCAUUUCAAAAGAUGCACGAGUAAUUAUGUUUAAAAACUUUUACAACGUGUCAGACCAUCUUUGUGAAUGUUUCAUACAAUCUUUUGAACUAGUGUCAGAAAUGUGUAUCCAGUAAGAUACCAUCUGUCUUGUAUGAAUUACCUUAACAUCUCUGGAGAAGCUGUUUGGUUGGGGAACACCAUAGCAAUGAUACUGCUCCACUCCUCGUGAUCAAUCAGAGGGGAGGAUGGGGGAUGCUGAGCAACUUCUUUAAUUAAGCAUUUUUGCACUCAUGAUCUAGAUGAUUAUUGAUGUAAUUAUUUUAGAUGGCUAUAACUGUUGUCUUUAAUAUAUAUACACUGUCAAUGUACUGUGACAAAUAAAUGACAGUUUGACAAACUGAA